GUCAAUAAAGACUCUAGAAGGGGACUCUUGUAAACUCGUUACAUCAACUCCAAACUAAGUAAUGGGGUAAACUGCAAAUAGUUUCCUCGACAUUUAGAAGCUGUCUUAAGGUGUAACGUUCUGAACUGCUACUGCGGUUUUUUCGGUACAUGGGGUUAACCACUGCGUUAGUUCUUACUGACGUUAGUCUCAGUGGAACAUUUAUGAAGGCCGAAUGUUUACACAAUGGCGACCACUACGAGGCUAAUUUAAACCAUACGUGCAUCACAAAUACUUUACUUCCAAUUAACCACGUCCAGUGAACCGUAACCUAGACUUCUCCGAGAAAAUGAACACGUCGCUGUGGCACAACUCAACUUUAGCGCCUUGGCCCGUUUUUACGACUUCUACAGCGGAUGCCUACACAAGUGAAAACACCACUGGAUUUAUUAGAAAUAACACUACAAUUACUCCAGAAUCACAAGAGAAUCUUAACCCGUUCUUUUUUGGAUUGAUUUUCCAAUCUGCCAUUAUCUUGGUUGUUUUUGGAAACGCUGUGGUUCUUACGGCAUUAGCGUGCUACCGAAAUUGGACAUCUGCAGACGUUCUGUUAUUUUCGCUGUCCUUAGCAGACAUCUUGGACUCGAUUGUUGCACUUCAGCUUCUAACAACCGUGAAAUAUUACAUGAGACGACACAUGACAGAAACCUUGUGCGAUGUGUUCAUUGGUUUGGUGUACACGUUUCGAUUAGCUGCGGCCACUACGGUCACAGUAAUUGCCUUAGAACGUGCUAUGUUAUUGAUAAAGCCCUUCAGGCACCAUACUCUCAUAACAGUUUCGCGUAUUAAGAAAUUUGUGCUUGGAGUUUGGCUCUUUUCCAUUUUUUCCGCCAUUUUACCCUUCAUUGGCGUCGGACAUUCAGGUUUUCAAAGUGGAGUGUGUUUUACGCAGAUCUACGACUUGGGCAAAGCGUAUGCCACUUACAUCGAGGUGCUUGGUGCAAUACAGUUGAUAGCCGUGCUAAUUUCUUAUUUUGCGAUCAAGCUCUCAGGAAAAAUGUUUAUUCGGCGACAAACUUUUAUGUCUGGAGGCGGUGAAAAGGAACCCCGUGACACUCAAAACUGCCGUGAUAACACGCAUUCACCAGGAACAACAAGCGGGGUAAGAAAUGUGAGAAAGCUGACGAAGAUGAUGUCAAUAGUGGUCGUUGUUUAUUACAUUAGCUGGUUACCUUUCCUGCUAAACAAUGUGUAUUGUUUGAUUGUUGACCGAAAGCCAGUUACAAAAGUUGUGGUGUUUACAAGUGUUAUUUCUCUACUUCAUGCUGUCGUCAAUCCACCGCUUUACGGUUGGAUGAGCCAGCGGUACAGGCAAGGUUACCUGUUCGUGUUCAAAAUGGUGCUUAGUGUGUGUGGAGGCAGACGCCCCAGUAGGAGAACCCUGAGCGUAUCUCGGCGCUUCUGCACAGGGGCUAAUCUCUCCCGACGAAGGACAAGCACAGACCUGACUGUUUGUAGCAGCAGGUUGUCUUUACCACUGGUAAAUCUUCCCUAUGGUGUGGCUGAGGAGAACACGAACGAAGCAAGCUAUUCUGGUAUCAAUACAUUGUCAGCAGGAACCUCCGGUGGAAAAACAGAGGACGACGAUGGUUCAAACAAUAAUAACAACAAGGCACCAGCGCGAUCGGAAGAAGGAAAAUCCGGAGUCGAUAACAGCUUGGAAAAGGAUGUGAUGCAGCUAUUGGAUGCUAUCAUUGACAGAAUAGAAGUGCAGUAAAUCUUAUCGUUCAAGAAAGGGAAUCCAGUCGAUGAACAAUGCAAGCGCUUGUCUAACUCAUCCCAAGUGCACUGUUCUCAUUGUGAGUUCGCUUGGGAACAUUCAUCAUCAGGGUAAAGAACACGUGCAUUAAGCUUGAAAUUUCAUUCCUACUUAUGUUUGGCCAAAUUCCUGUACAACUAGGCUACCUUACAUGUAAACGUUUCCUAUGCCUAGAGCUAUCUUUUAGAAAUCUCUCUAGUCGUAAGAAAAUGAGUAUCAAAGUUGAAGGAGAGAAACCUUGACCAAUAAAUGCAAUUUUGAAAAGAAGGGCUAACUUCAAAUUUUUGUCGUUUGAUGUAUUCUGUGAUGAGAUGAGUAGUUACACAAUGUUGCUUGUGUUAGGGUGCUUAGGUAGACAUUUCUAUACUAGAAAAAACAGCAUUUUGAUACAACUAUUCAGUUGACUUUUGAUGAGCUAGCUUAGAUUGAAAGAAAAAGUGGUUCGGAUGUCUUGGAUAUCUAAGUUAGGGUAAUCAAUCGCAAGCCUACGUGUUUGCUUUCGUUACUUAACGCUACUGAUAAAAAGUUUGUAAUAAGCACCAGAGGAAAAACCCAAUUCCCGGCUGCCAUUUACGUUUCAAUAGAGGUCCACGCAUGCACGAGCUGUGUGAAAAAUAACUUUAAAACAAGCCACUGUUACUUUGCUCUUUGAUUAGAUGUGAAUUAGUCAGAGGUCUAAAAAAUUGCGUUAUGUUUUGAAACCUUCCUGUCAUUUCUUGUUUAGACAAUUAAAACGUUUUUG